UUUUUUGUUGGCCAUAGGGUGAAUGGUGCGGCGAUCUUCGGAUCUGCCAUGUUCAUCCUGCUGACGUUUUAUAAUCAUUCUUUCACACAUUCCAACUUUCAAUUACGACAAAAUUAAUAACGAACGAAUCCUCACUAUUGAAUGUUCGCCUUACGGGGGAUAGUUUUAUUUCUCGCACAACGACAAAAAUUUGGGUACGGUUGCUUUACUAUCUUUAACUCAUCACGCCAUAAGUAUCUAUUUCUGCUUUUAAAGUUUUAUUUUUUAGAAUGCCACCCGUGCGUCGUUCUAAGCGUGUCGCCGCUCCAUCAGCCGUUUUGCGAGAGUCUGUUCAGAACCAACCAACAACAUCUCGCCGAACUCGAAGUUCGCCCGAUGCUGUAUCUGUUGGUGCCACCCCGUCAACGUCAACUGUGCCCGUGAGUGAUGUGGCUUUGCCCUCUCUUUCGAGUGAGCUUAUCUCAACACUGGUGUCUUCGGUUACCGAGGCAGUCACGCAAAAGUUAGCUGGCUUCUUACCAACCUCUGCGUCUUCAACAUCCACAAUGGCGUCUGCCCCAACAGAAUCUACCUCCGGAAUCGAAAUCUCAAACCAGGGUCCCAAUGCAGAUUCUCUGGUCAACGACGCGCUCACGUCCAUACAAGAAAACCUUACAGGUCAGACCACUCCUUUUUCUCUUCCAUGUUCAAGUGCUCCGGGUCCACGGGAAUCGUUCCACUCUGCCGCUUUGCCUCUUGAUUCGCGGAUUCCGGAUAAAAUAAAGUUUAAAAUAUGGAAUGAGGAGUUUGUCGAUAUAAGUACUUUGUCAGGUGGCCCAGACGCGGCCGCUAAAUACGAGAUUAGUGUACGGACCUCUGACAACGGUCAACCUGCUUCUCUUUUUCUUGAGCCGGCUGCGAAAUCCAAAAGGGUCAAAACUAUUAGCGAUUGGCUUCGUUCGUUUCAUAUUUUUGUUUCCAUUUAUACACAACGGUACCCUCAUGAGUCCCCCGCGCUCAUGAAAUAUUGUCAAAUCAUCCAGGAUUUGGCCAAUAGGGGUCAUAAUUGGUUUUACUACGAUGAGAAUUUUCGAUUUUUGCGCCAAACACAGGCCACGCGCGUUCCCUGGGCGACCGUUCACUGGGAGUUAUGGUUGAAAUCUCAAUAUCCCACUACGUCUAAGCCGAACACGCAAGGCAACAAUUAUACGCGCCACCCUUCAAAGGUGUCUGUUCCUCGGGGAUAUUGUUUUAAGUUUCAUCGCGGAACGUUUUGUGCCGGUUGUGAUUUCAAGCACAUUUGUUUUAAAUGCAACGGAUCGCACCGUGCCGUGAAUUGUAAUUUUCGUGCCAAUAACAGACCAUCUCCCACUGAUCGAUCGCCUAAGCCUAUUUCAACAAAGUCGGUUGCCAACACCCGUAAAACUUCAUAAUUUACAAAUAU